AAUAUGGUGGCUUUACACCGAAACGUUGCGUAGCGUCCAACAUAGAGAGAUUCACUUUAAAAUUCCUCUUUCACACUGCUAGACUUCUCAUAAAUUUAUCGCAUUUCAUAUCCAACAGCAUGCGGAAUGUGUUGAUACCGUGUAACCGUUUGGUUCGGCUGUUACGGGCCCGUACCGAGUCGUCCGGCGGCCUGUCUUCGGUGGGGAGGGGGGUCUGGUCCCGAGACGUGGCCACAUGGUCGCCGCUGGGCACCGCCUUCAACACCAAAACUGCCAAGAGGCUCAACCUUUUCCGGGAGAACGUGGGUCUGUUUGAGGUCCCAGAGCUGACCAGUCCUGCAGGGUUCCAGCGGGCCGAGGCGAAGGUGGCGGCGGAGGCUGCGGAACUCGUCAAGGCAACCAUCGCCGCGGAGACGGGUAUCCAGGUGGUCCAGCUGUUCGAUAAACUGUCGGAUACUCUCUGUCGGGUGGCCGACUUGGCUGACUGUAUCCGUGUUGUCCAUCCCAACGCCAAGUUUGCCCACGCAGCACAGCAGACAUGUUUCAACAUAGGGGCCCUGGUGGAACAGUUGAAUACAAAUAUUGGCCUAUACGAUGCCUUAAAAAGACUACUACAUAAUGAUGCAGCAAUGGCUUCCAUGGACGAGGAAUCCAGACGCGUGGCGGAGUUGUUCAUGUUUGAUUUUGAGAUCAGCGGGAUCCACCUGCCUGACCUUGAGCGAGAGUUGGCAGUACGACUGAACGAGGACAUUCUCACACUGGGCAGUGACUUCAGUAAGGGGGUGAACACUCCUAACGCUAUACCCAAGUCUGUACUGCCUGAACAUCUCAAGUAUUGUUUUUCAGUGGACGGAGACAAGGUCAUAGUUCAGAGCAUGCAUUCAGACUCGGGGAGUGAUGCUAUCCGUGAAGCGGCCUAUAAGCUGUACCUGCACCCCAACCCUCAGCAGGAGAGAGUGUUAGAAGCCCUCCUCACAGCCAGGCACAAACUGGCACAGCUAGUGGGCUACCCAACCUUCGCUCACAGAACUCUCAAAGGGACCAUGGCUAGAGAUCCAGAGACAGUGAUGAGUUUCCUGAAGGCUACUGGGGAAGGUUUGAUCCACCGGACUAUGGAGGAGUUUAGCCUGAUGAGAGACUACAAGGCCAAACACAACCCCAGUAACCCUAACCUGCAGCCCUGGGACCCUCCUUACUACAGCGCUUUCAUCAAGGCAGACAGGUUCAAGAUAGAUCCUACAGAGUAUGCCCCCUACUUUUCCCUGGGGGCAUGUAUGGAGGGUCUCAACCACCUCUUCAGUCAACUCUACAGGAUCUCCCUACAACCCCAGGAGACCCACAAUGGAGAGAUUUGGGACUCGGACGUCAAGAAACUGGCAGUGAUGCACGAGACAGAAGGCAUUCUAGGAUACAUCUAUUGUGACUUCUUCCAAAGACCUGGCAAGCCCCACCAUGACUGUCAUUUUACCAUCAGAGGAGGCCGGCAGCUAGACAAUGGAGACUACCAGAUUCCAGUAGUGGUUCUCAUGCUGCACUAUCCGCCUCCUUCCAUGACCAAACCAACAUUGCUGACGCCAGGGAUGAUGGAAAAUCUCUUCCAUGAAAUGGGACAUGCCAUGCACUCUAUGCUUGCAAGAACAAGAUAUCAACAUGUCACUGGUACCAGAUGUUCGACAGACUUUGCAGAGGUCCCUUCAGUUCUGAUGGAGUACUUUGCCUCCGACUACAGGGUGCUGUCACAGUUUGCCAGGCAUUAUCAAACAGAUGAGACCUUGCCUGAAGACAUGUUGAAGAAGCUGUGUGAAUCCAAGAAGCUGUUCCAGGCUUCUGAGCUGCAGCAGCAGGUGUUAUAUGCUAUAGUGGACCAGGUGUACCAUGGGAAACAUCCUCUGGGAAAGAGCACAACAGAUAUUUUUGCAGAGUUGCAGAACAAGUACUAUGGGCUGCCACAUGUUCCAGGAACAGCUUGGCAGCUGAGAUUUAACCACCUGGUUGGUUAUGGUGCCAAGUACUACUCCUACAUCAUGUCCAGGGCUGUGGCUUCCAGACUCUGGCACCAGUGCUUCAAGGACGACCCUUUCAGUGGCACUAUGGGUGAACGGUACAGAAGGGAGAUGCUGGCACAUGGAGGAGGGAAGGACCCGAAACUCAUGGUAGAAAGUAAGAAGUUACUCAGUUUUAUACUUUGUGCAAUCCUUGCUGGAUGA